CACGUCAGGGCGGAAGUCUCCGCAGCGAUUGGUCCUGAAUGACCCGCCCUCAGAGCCGCCAUUUUUAAAACAAAACAAAAGUGUUGAUGUUGUACAGAGACAUUCCUGAGGACAGGGGACUGGAUUAGAGACAUGGAGAAGUGGACUGAUGAAGAUGUGCAGGCUCUGCUGAACAUCUACGCGGAGGAGAACAUUCAGAAAGAGUUUGAAUCUUCAGCCCGGAACGCGAAAGUGUACCAGAAGAUUUCUGCUCGUCUGGGAGAGAUGGGGAUCCAGCACAGUCCUCAGCGGUGCCGAGAGAAGAUCAAGAAGAUGAAGCAGGAUUAUAAGAAGAUUAAGGAUUAUAACCGGGUGAACGGGUCCAACCGGAGGAGCGGGAAGUGGUUUGAGAGGCUGGACGCGAUCCUGGGAGAGCGGGGAGAGCGGGGUCCGGACUCGGGCUGCGGGGAGAGCGGGGAGAGCGGGGACUGUGUGUCCGUGCUGCUGGAGCCGCUCACUGACCGACACACGGGCUUCCUGGAAGAGGAAGAGGAAGAGGAAGAGGAAGAGGAGGAAGAGGAGGAGGAGGAGGUGGUGUCCUUCACCGAGGACGAUCAGUACUCAGAGCUCAGCUUCGGCUCCCCCGCCGCCCCCAGCAGGCCCACCUGCCGCCCCACCUGCCGCCCCACCUGCCGCCCCACCUGCCGCCCGCCCGCUCAGCCACGCCUCCGAGCUCCACGCCCGGGGAAGAGGAAGCGGGAUGGAGACGUGCUGGAGGUGAUGAGGCAGCUGGAGGAGGAGCAGAUGGAGGGUCUGAGGCGGGAUUAUGAGCAGAGGGAGCGUCACUUCCAGCUGCUGCUGCAGCACAUUAAGGAGGAGUUCUCCGUGCGACAGGAGGAAGCCGCUCAGGCCAGACGACAGCAGAGAGAGUUUCAGCAAUCUGUCCUGACGCUCCUCCAUCAGCUCGUCCACGUCCUCAGCAGCAGAACCGCCCCCUCGUCCCCGCCCCUCGACUAGCGCCGCUCUUCCUCCCUCCUCCCACACCUUCUCACGUCACGUUAUUUUUUUUAUUUUUGAUAAAUCUCUGAUUUGCACCGUGUUGUUUAAUCGCACUUUAAACGUAGCUUUCAGUCUUUAUUGCUGUGAUUCAGGAGCAUUAUUUUCUUUUUAUCUUCUCGUAUUCUAUUAUUGUAAAAUAAUUCACCUGAUUAAACCUUUUCAGCUUUUACUCCA